AUGGCUGAAAUUAAAUGGGCUAACUUGUUUUUUGUAGUUUUGCUGAGCUUAGGAGUUUGCUACUCUUCUCAGAGAGAGCUUGCACCAGUCAAAGAGGAAUCAUAUAAACAAGAUAAUAAUAAUAUCAACGGUGAAGAAAAAUGGGGCAUUGGCGGAGCGAUUGGUGGUGGUAUUAACAUCGGCGGCGAUGACAAUGGUUGUCAUGGCAAUCCUGGUAUUAAUAUCGGUGGUGAUGCCCGCGCUGGUAUCAGCCUUCCCGGUAUUAAUAUUGGCGGUGAUGUCAAUGGUCGUGUUAGUGGUACAGGUAGCAUUAGCGGGGGCAUUUCUGGUGAUAUAAGUCUUGGCGGCGGCGGUGCUCCACCUUGUUCUAGCUGUAAUAGUGGUGGUGCUUAUGGUGAAACUGAUCAGUCAUUAGAUUUGGGUUCUAAUGCUCUAAUAAUAAUAAUAAUGCCACCAUUAAUGAUGCAAACAGUAUUGCAGCAAAGCAAGAGAACAAUGAGGCUCAUGAAAAUGAAGGUGAAGUUGCAGAAGCUGUAG